UUUUCUUUUUUCUUUUUUCUUUUUUUUUUUUUUCUUGGGGAUUCUCCUUUCUCCUGCCAGACUGACUUGCACCUUCUUGAUAAUUUCUCUUCCCCUCGUUUUUUUUUUAUACUCUUCUCCCUGCUUCCAAACCCUGUGUCUGUGUGUUCCAAUACUAUCACAACCUCCGCUAAAAAUAGAUCUUUUUAUAUACCCUUCCUCCUCUCUGACCCCAUCCAACACCCCUUGUUAAGAAUAGCUGAGGUCCCGUGCUAGCAGUUCCAAACAAGGAAACCAUCUUACACCCAGAGCAAGAAACAUAAAUUCGCUUGGCUGUCCCACAUCUCUAAGGGACCUGAUGCAUGAGUGGACUAGAGAAAGGAAAGAGAGAAAAACUCCAAGGACCUACAGGUCAUCUUGCUGGCAGGGUCAAGUUUUCUUCAGAUUAAGGCAGAACUGUGGCUCAUGGACAUCUGAUGUGAUAGAGCAUACUCAACACCUUUAGAUAUCUUCCUUGAGACCACGGAGUGACUGUAUUACCUGCUCAACGACAGGAGUUUUUUAAAUAUCACUGGUCUUCUGACAAGAUCUUCCCUUUUUCCUGUAACUCGUGGGAUGCAGCACUGAUGUGAACGGACCUUCCUACCUGUGAGGCUGUUGAUUAAGUGAAUAGAAAAAAAAAAAAAAAAAAAAAAGAAAAACGAAGCUGCUUUCAAGUAUUGAAGACACAAGGCCAGGAUGAACACGAAGGACACAAAAGUGGCUGAAGGAGGUCUCAAUGUCACGCUUACCAUACGCCUUCUCAUGCACGGCAAGGAGGUUGGAAGCAUUAUCGGAAAGAAAGGUGAGACAGUUAAGAAGAUGAGGGAGGAGAGUGGUGCUCGAAUCAAUAUUUCAGAAGGCUCCUGUCCAGAGAGAAUUGUGACAAUAACAGGCCCAACAGAUGCGAUUUUUAAAGCUUUUUCUAUGAUUGCACUAAAAUUUGAAGAGGACAUAAACGCUUCAAUGACAAACAGCACGGUGACAAGCAAACCGCCUGUAACGCUGCGGCUCGUCGUCCCUGCAAGUCAGUGUGGAUCUCUUAUAGGAAAAGGAGGUUCCAAAAUCAAAGAAAUCAGGGAGUCCACAGGAGCCCAGGUGCAGGUCGCGGGGGACAUGCUGCCAAACUCAACGGAGCGUGCGGUGACUAUAUCGGGCACCCCCGACGCCAUCAUCCAGUGCGUCAAACAAAUAUGCGUGGUUAUGCUGGAGUCCCCACCCAAAGGUGCCACCAUCCCCUACCGUCCCAAACCUGCCUCUGCACCUAUCAUUUUUGCAGGUGGCCAGGUAAGAGCAGACACCAUUUUGGCUUCAGCUGGAAACCACACCGUCUUGGCCCAACCUCAGCCAGCGCCUGCAUUCACGAUUCAGGGGCAGUACGCCAUCCCUCAUCCAGACGUGAGUCCUGCGCAUUUGACCAAGCUUCACCAGUUGGCUAUGCAGCAUCCCCCCUUUACUCCCCUUGGGCAGACCACCCCUGGUUUCCCUGGACUGGAUGCCACUACUCCAACCAGUUCCCAUGAACUUACUAUUCCCAAUGAUUUAAUAGGCUGCAUUAUUGGCAGACAAGGCAGUAAGAUAAAUGAAAUCAGGCAGAUGUCAGGAGCGCAGAUCAAGAUUGCUAAUGCCACAGAAGGCUCCGCAGAACGACAAGUUACAAUCACAGGAUCCCCUGCAAACAUCAGCUUAGCACAGUACCUCAUUAAUGCAAGCUUAGAGAUGGCUAAAGUCAGCACCCAGACCGCUUCCGUCACGACCCCUGUUGACCUCAACAUGAACCUCUCUCAGUCUGCCACCCCUACCUCCACCCCCACCUCCAUGGCCGUCCUGGCGGCCGCCUCCGCCGUUGCCGUCAGUUCCCCCCCUCCCCUACCAACUCUGCCAACCACCCACUAUGCCGUUCCUGUCUCCAGUCUGCUUGGCAUGAAAACUGUCCCACUCCUGGCACUAAAUGCCACGGCCGCCGCGGGGGCCACGGGGAGUUUGUCCGCUUACACUGCCAAAAUUCCUUCGACGAGCGGGGUUAAGAAAUCUGACCGCCAGAAGUUUGCUCCAUAUUGAAGGGAUGAGACACAAUGCAAGCUUUGCCAGCUCUACCAAGAGUCUGUGGUAGAUCCUAGUUGUCAAGGAAACAAUACGGCAUCUUUUUAUUUUUCUGUUAAAUUGCUAGUGUUAACUGUUGCCGACGCCAAGUCGUCUUCCGCUCUCCAUAACGACUAACACCCGGGCACCACCUAACGACUAGUUCCAACUGCGGGCGGGUGACAGCCUGGGGGGCUUUCCCCACCAGCCUUAGGAGCUUUGCCCACCAACCUGGGGGCUUGUCCCACCAGAUGAGGAGCUUUUCCCACCAGCCCAGAGGUUCUCCUCCCAUCCCGAUGCCAUCCCUCCACCCGGGCCAGGGCUGGCCCUCCAGAAGCCCCACUGCACGGCAGGGUUGUCCCCAGUCCAGCCAGGAGAUACCUGGAGAGAAAUUAAAAAUAGAAAUGAGGCAGAAGUUUUGGCAGCCUGGUCCUGCUCUAGCAGUAGCGCCUGGCGUAAAACCACCCUUUGAAGGGAUCCCUCCAACUGUAGAACCAUUUCCUAUGGCAAAUCGGCACUUCUGAUGAAUUUUUUUUUAACUGCUAUAGAUUUCUAUUGCAAAUCUGGCACUUCUGAUGAUUGGUAGCACCCCCGAAAUCCCAAGUGAAGUGCUGUCAAAUGAUGGGGGGGGGGCAUCAUUUGACAGAUCUGAAGGUUCCCAUCUUCCCUGCCCCAACGCCUGCCUGUGAGCAGGAGACCGGGGCGAGAAGGUACCAAACCUCUGCUGCUGCCAUGCACACACAAAUGGAGCUUUCUGGGCUGAGAAAAACUGCUAAAUUAAAAUAGUCGGUAGAUGACAAGAAAAAAAAAAAGAAAUAUCAGGCACCCGUGCCUUUUCACUUCAUUCUUUUAAAGGGUGCAACCAUUUUUCUCUGGUUUGGAAAAAUGUGAUUUUAAGAACUCUGCUGUUUGGAGGGAGAGCAGGCUCCUCCUUUCACACUCAGAUGUUUUACUGGUAUAUAGCAACAAAUAUAUAGUACUUACUCCUGUAAGUACUGAAUAGUAGGUACAAAUCAGACGGGCACUAUUGUGGUACCCCCUCCCGCACCAAAACCAUUUUUUGUUACAUUUCUGUACAAAAUACAUCCCUAUUUAAUGCGUCACUACUCAUGCAAUCUGGUUGUGUUGUAAUGAUGGAUAAAAUCUAGUGCUUAUCAAAGGCCACUCAGAGGUUGCUGCCCAGACAGAUAACAUGCCUCUGACAAGAACUUGAUGAUGUUCAGAUGAUUAACUAAAACCAGACACCUGAUGGCAGCCAAACUGAAGAGAGCUGGGGGAUGUAGUGGCUGGUCGCUAGCUGUUGGAACUAGUUUUUAACUGCAUUUUUCUGUUUGUCCAUCCACCUCCUUUUUAAUUUCUGUUGCAUAACUCAGUAAUGCGAUAUUUCCUCACCUCUUCCGAAUCCAGAAUCCCAUUAGCCCACCAUGUCCAUCCACUUUGCACUCCUUGGACACAAAGCUUUAACAAUUGAACUGUAUUCAGUGCAUUUUAAUAUAAACUAAAAACACAAUGCAAAUGCAAUACUUUUUAAAACAUGGUAUUUCAAAGUGUGUUAUUAUUAUUGUAUAGGGCUAAGAACUAUCUCAGUAUUUUGUGUCAUUUCUGUAUUCUGUGGGCUUCUCUUCACCUUAGUACCUUUGCACUAAGUUUUGUCGCUGUAACCAUUUGUAGAACUGCCAUUGUUACAGUUUGCACUUACCCAAAUGGGGGUUUUGAUUGGUUUUGUUGUUUGGUUUUUUUAUUUUGGUGUU